CUAUCCUGGAGCUUUCUCAUAAUUCUCUCGCUAAAUCACCUCACUUUCGUUUCAUAGUCAACACUCAACAGAGUCGCAAGUUCAGGCUGUGUAGUGUUUUUUUUUUUGUGAGGGAAAGAAGAUGUCGACCAUGGAGAGCUUGAUUGGGUUAGUGAACCGGAUUCAGAGAGCUUGUACCGCUCUCGGAGACUACGGUGGAGGUGAUAACGCUUUCUCUUCUCUUUGGGACGCUCUUCCAUCCGUCGCCGUCGUCGGUGGUCAGAGUUCUGGAAAAUCAUCUGUGUUGGAAAGCGUGGUUGGGAGGGAUUUUCUUCCUCGAGGAUCUGGAAUUGUUACAAGGAGGCCAUUGGUACUGCAGUUGCACAAGACUGAUGGUGGGCAGCAGGAAUAUGCAGAAUUUUCUCAUUUGCCACGCAAAAGAUUCACUGAUUUCUCCAUAGUACGCAAGGAAAUUCAGGAUGAAACUGAUAGAAUCACAGGGAAAUCAAAACAAAUUUCUCAUGUUCCCAUCCACCUCAGCAUCUACUCCCCUAAUGUGGUCAACUUAACACUCAUCGAUUUGCCUGGUUUGACAAAAGUUGCUGUUGACGGGCAACCUGAAAGUAUUGUUGAAGAUAUUGAAAAUAUGGUCCGAACCUAUGUUGGGAAGCCCAACUGUAUUAUACUAGCAAUAUCACCAGCUAAUCAGGAUAUUGCCACUUCAGAUGCAAUAAAACUUGCGAGGGAAGUGGAUCCAUCAGGUGAGCGGACAUUUGGAGUGCUCACUAAGCUAGAUUUGAUGGAUAAAGGAACAAACGCAUUGGAUGUUCUUGAAGGUAGAGCUUACCGGUUGCAACAUCCUUGGGUGGGUAUUGUGAACCGUUCUCAAGCUGAUAUUAACAGAAAUACUGAUAUGAUUGUUGCAAGAAGAAAGGAGCGCGAGUAUUUUGCUACAAGCCCUGACUAUGGACACCUUGCAAGCAAGAUGGGUUCAGAGUACCUGGCAAAGCUUCUCUCAAAGCACUUGGAGUCUGUAAUUAGGGCUAGAUUACCAAGUAUCACCUCUUUAAUCAACAAAAGCAUCUAUGAACUUGAAUCAGAGAUGGACCACCUUGGAAGGCCUAUUGCCGUUGAUGCAGGGGCUCAGUUGUACACCAUCUUGGAGCUCUGCCGUGCCUUUGACAAAAUAUUCAAGGAGCAUCUGGAUGGAGGCCGACCUGGUGGCGAUCGAAUCUAUGGGGUUUUCGAUAAUCAGCUCCCUGCGGCCCUUAAAAAACUUCCAUUUGAUCGGCAUUUAUCCAUGCAAAAUGUGAGGAAAGUUGUUUCUGAGGCUGACGGUUACCAGCCGCACUUGAUUGCUCCAGAGCAGGGUUAUAGACGUCUUAUUGAGGGAUCACUUAAUUAUUUUAGAGGACCAGCUGAAGCUUCUGUUGAUGCUGUUCAUUUUGUUCUCAAGGAACUUGUGAGGAAGUCAAUUGGGGAAUGCCAGGAGUUGAAGCGGUUCCCGAGCUUACAAACUGCAAUAGCUACUGCCUCCAACGAAUCCUUGGAAAAAUUCCGUGACGAAAGCAAGAAGACAGUCACUAGACUCGUAGACAUGGAGGCUUCAUACCUGACAGUGGAUUUUUUCAGGAAACUUCCGCAGGAUGUGGAGAAAGGCGGAGGAAACACAGCAGCAGUCAAUGCAGCUGCUGCUGAUCGGUAUGCCGAAGCUCACUUUAGGAGAAUUGGGUCAAACGUCUCAUCUUAUGUCACUAUGAUUUCUGACACACUCAGAAACACUAUCCCGAAGGCUGUUGUCCAUUGCCAAGUGAAGGAGGCCAAACAAUAUCUAUUGAAUCGCUUUUACAUACAGAUUGGGAAGAAAGAGGGAAAGGCACUUGGAGAAUUGUUGGAUGAAGAUCCAGCUUUGAUGGAGAAAAGACAGCAAUGUGCCAAGAGGCUUGAACUUUACAAGAAAGCCAGGGAUGAGAUCGACUCCGUAUCAUGGGCUUGAUGAGAUUAGUAUUAGUAUGUACUAUGUAGUGUAUGAGUGUAUCAGUACACUGGUUGUUCAUAUUAUGAUUGCAAUCACCAAUUGCCAGCUUGUUCACUUGUUAGACAACCCACUGUUGUUUAUGUAGCGUAAUCAUGAUUACGAUAUGUAUUCUUGAUUUACUAAAUUCUUUUGUACACCGUACAAUAUGCAGACAUACGCUCUCUAACAUGCUCAACAGAUUUUAUAUAUUCUUGGGGACUUGGGGUGGGUAAGUGGUAUUCUUUCGUAUGCCGUACAA